GUAACGGUGGCCCAGAUUUGGAGGACUCUGAGACAAAGCCGCUUUAUUCUCUCUUCGCGCUGAAAAGAGAAAGAACAAGAAGAACACCCACCACCAUCGCCAAAAUUCUUACACUUUUCUUCCAAAGCUCCAUAAAUAAACAUCUCCACCACCAACUAGAUCCGUAGCCGCCCUCUUCCAUGGACAAUACUAUGCUCUUCGCCAGCACCAGCCUUACAUCCCUUAAGAUGGUUGAUGGUAGUCAUCUUGGUGUCUCUCCAGUGCCAGAUGGUCAAGAUUGAUGAUUGUCCGUGGAGAAGUUCUGUGAGGACAAUGCUCCAGGAGGUCCAUAUACGUAUGUAGAAUAUAUAUAUAUAUAUAUAUGUAUUUAGCAUUCAGGAACAGAAAAUUGCCACUCCCUGGCAGUUGUCGAAGUUGAAAAAAUGAACUCCGGAUUGAUUGAGUAGGAAUGGGCGCUUUAAUCUCCAGAAGUGAUAAGCAAGAAUCUACGUAGUCUUAGUGGUUGAUUCUUUGGCCUUCAAGUCUGGCAACCUGUAGUUGAUGUAAUCAGGAAUAGGACUAGUCAAACUAGAGAUUAGUUGAUAGUCUUGGGGGAUCACAUGGAAGAAAGAGAUGAAUAUACAGAAUCGAGAAGUAAUAAUAAUGCUGAAGCCGUACAAGAAGCCAAGAUCAGUGUUGAAGCUGAAAUGCCAACUUGUCUUUCAAAUGAGCAAAAGCAUUCAGUUCCUGAUUAUCAUGAAUUGGAAGCAACUCCAGAAUAUACCAACAAAACUGGCGGUCCAGAUGAAGAAAAGCCAGAGGUCCAGCAGAAUAUGGAGGAAGAGAAUAAGGAACUUGGUUCAGGAGACGUGCUUAGUGAAUUAUCAGAAAAACACAAUCGGACUUUCUCUAACCUUGCUGAUAAUGAUCAAGUUGAAGCUGGUAAUUUAUUAUGCUGUGAUAAAGAUACCGAAAAUUUGAUAGUACCUAUUGAAGUUGAGACAACGACUCUUCUUGUUGACUGCUCUGAACUUCCACCUGAAGUUGUCAACAAAAACUAUAUUGAACAGAUGAACCCUCCUAUUGAAGAAUUAACCCAAAAUACUCCUUUUCAAAAUUUAGAAACAGUCCCCAGUAAUUCAGAACAAUCGGAUCACAAGGAUAAGAGAAUUUUGAAAUCAAUGAAGAUAAAGUCUAUUUUAAGGUCCCUUGUAAGUAGUGACAGAAAUAUGCGUUCAAAGACCCAAGAGAAAGAUAAAGAUCCUGAACCAAGUAAUGACUUGAAUAAUUUUACUGCUGAAGAGGGAAAAGGGAAGAAGAAGGAGAGAAAUAUACAAGGAAAGGGAGCAAGAGUCGAUGAAUUCUCAUCAAUCAGGAAUCAUUUGAGAUAUUUACUGAACCGCAUCAAAUAUGAACAGAACUUGAUUGAAGCUUAUUCUAGUGAAGGCUGGAAAGGGUUCAGCUCAGAUAAAUUGAAGCCUGAAAAGGAACUUCAACGGGCAUCAAAUGAAAUAAUGCGACGCAAAUUAAAAAUAAGAGAUGUAUUUCAACGUAUUGAUGCACUUUGUGGCGAAGGAGGCCUUUCUAAAUCUUUAUUCGAUUCUCAAGGACAGAUAGACAGUGAAGAUAUAUUCUGUGCAAAAUGUGGAUCCAAAGAAUUGUCCCUUGAGAAUGACAUCAUACUAUGUGAUGGUAUUUGUGAUCGUGGGUUCCAUCAGUUCUGUUUAGAACCACCUUUGCUAAAUACAGACAUUCCGCCGGAUGAUGAAGGAUGGCUAUGCCCCGGAUGUGAUUGCAAAGAUGACUGCUUGAAUCUGCUUAAUGAAUUUCAAGGAUCAAGACUUUCCAUCACUGAUGGUUGGGAGAAAGUCUAUCCCGAGGCCGCAGCAUCAGCUGCUGGACGAAAUUUUGAUCAUGCCUUAGGUCUUCCUUCAGAUGAUUCUGAAGAUGAUGAUUAUGAUCCUGAUGUUCCAGAUACUAUUGUCCAGGACGAUGAAUCAAGUUCUGAAACAUCUGGGUAUGCUUCUGCUUCUGAGGAAUUAGAGUCUCCAUCCAAUGUUGACCAGUACUUAGGUCUCCCUUCCGAUGACUCGGACGAUGAUGACUAUGAUCCCAGUGCUCCAGAACGUGAUGAAGAUGUUAGACAGGAAAGUUCUAGUUCUGACUUUACAUCUGAUUCUGAGGAUUUAGCUGCACUUGACAGUAGCCCCUCUUCCAAAGCUGAUAACCUUGUGUCUUCAUCACUGAAUAAUACUACGUCUACGAAAAACCCUGAUGGGCGAAGUUCUGGAGGUGGUCCUAGAAAGAGUGCACUGUAUAAUGAGCUAUCAAGUCUACUAGAGUCCGAUCCUGAACCUGUUUUGGGAAGAAGACAGGUGGAACGGUUGGAUUACAAGAAGCUCCAUGAUGAGACAUACGGGAAUGUUCCUACCGACUCAAGCGAUGACACGUACGCGAGUAUUUCUACGGAUUCAAGUGAUGACCAAGGCUGGGAUAGUAAUACAAGGAAGAGAAGUCCUAAAACCCUGGUUCUUGCACUGCCAAAUUAUCGAACUAAUGAUGAUAUGACUAACGUAAAAACUAAACACAGUUCUAAGAGGGGUACUCGUCAAAAGGCAGCUGCUGUAAAUAUGAAUAAAUCUGUGACUAAAACUCCUGAAGACACUGGAAAAGCUAGUUCUUCUGUUAGGAGAACCACACCAUCAUCGUAUAGAAGACUCAGUCAACUUGCAUUGGAGAGACUUUUAGCAUCAUUCCAAGAAAACCAGUAUCCUGAACGAGCUACAAAGGAAAGUCUGGCACAAGAACUAGGGCUCAGUGUGAAGCAGGUUAGCAAAUGGUUUACGAACACACGUUGGAGCACACGCCAUCCCUCAAGCGUUGAGGGUAAUAAAGCGAAGAGUUCCUCAAGAAUGGGCAUUCGUUCAUCUCAGGCAAGUGGAGAGCUGCACCAGCCCGAGCAAGAAUUUGGUGCCCAACAUCAAGAAUUACCAACGACAGAUAGUGUUGUGGCCCCAUGUCAGAGUGGGGAUACAGGGGAUGUCAAAUUGGCAACUCAGGAAACUAAAAGAUCAGAAUUUUCUGCCGCAAAAUCCAGAAAACGGAAGGGCAGGUCAGAUCACGCUGCAUCAUGUUCAAAGGACAGUAAGGAAUCACAAAGGCCUCCUGCCAAGUCUCCAAAAGUAAAUGAAAUCCAAACAGCACAUAGCAUUAAGACGAGGAGGAGAAAUUCCUUAUAGGUUCUGUAAGUUUCGAUCAUUCACGGGAAAUUAUUUGGCUAUUUACUCUCUUCCAAGAUACACAUUAGAACAAAUGCGGGCAUCGUCUGAAGGGAGGUAAUUCCAAGAACAAUCACAAUUGUUUGUAGUUCUUUGUAACCACAUUAGAAUUCCUCUUUCUAAUUCCUCACACAUAAAUGCUUAGUCUUAGUUAUGUAAAUCUAGAGCUUGUUGUUAGAUAUUUAUUUGUAUUUCAAGAGACCCUUCUCCUGAUGUGUUAAACAAUUAAUUAGUUGCAGAUAUUGCUAUGUUAAAGAACAAAAGAGCUACUGCUACCCUCCAGCUUCGGAAGCUUUGCUGCGGAUAUAUCACUUAUGGAUGCUACAUUGCUAUCAAGUCUAAAUUGCUCUUGGCUUUUUUAU